GACAAAUAUUAUAUUUUUAAGACGAAUGUACAUGAAAUAUUUUUUUACUUGAAUAAAUAUGCCAAGAAUACAAUAUAUUCUGUACGUAAGUUGUAACUUAUUUCCUACUUUCCACUACAACCCGAAUUUUCAGUAAAGCUAUGUAAGAUUAAGGGAAUUUUAUCGAUAAUGGAGUUAACAAUCAGAUUUUAAAAUACAAUGAAAGACGAAAUUUAUCUCUCUCACUUUAUUUUCUGGUGGGAUAUGAUUACAGUCGAUGUUACACAAUGCGAUAGCUUGCUCGUAACCUGCAUUUGCCGAAUAGACAAAAUUUGUUCACUUACUUUCUUUCUGCAUAAAGAAAAUGCUCAAUGAAAAAUAUUCUGAUUAGCAAGAACAUCAGUAGUUUGUAAUUAUAAACGAAAAUUGCCGGAAUUGUUCAUAGCAUUGAAGAGAAUAAUAAUUUGUGCUCUUACCUAACCAAAGAGACUCAGGGGAACAUGCCUGAUUCAAGCACUACUGAAAAUGAACCUCCAGAGAAACAUCCAUAUACGUGGCUGAUCAGGCCAUGUGAACUGUACAAAGCAGAAUAUAAAGAGUGUACAAGUAUACGAGGACGCUUUCAUCAAUAUUUUGUAUUUGGAGAGUUUUUAAAUUGUACUCAGUGGAAAAUAGAUUAUGAUAACUGUUAUUUAUGGAACAAAUAUAAGAAUGAGACAGCUUACAAGGAUUUGGUAAACAGUGAAAGGACUCGUAGGUUUAUAAGACUACAGGGUCAUUAUACUAAUGAUGUUUGGGAGAAAAGAGAAACCAGGCCACCAGAGAAUUGGAACACACCCUUGCCAGACUGGAUCGAAGAAAAGAAUAAGAACUCGUUUUUAAAAAUAGCAAGUGAAAAAUUAAAAUCUGAGAAAUCUGAAGUAAUAGCAAAAAAUUCGUGUACUAUACUCUAAGAACGAUUGAACAUUCUCGCUAUUGUAAAUAAUCUUAAAAUAGUAUUUAAUAUUGAUAUAAAAAUGUUAAACA